AGAACAGGGGUUAAAAAGAACAGUGAGGAAAGAGCGGGCAGGAAAGCAAUGACAGAAAGAGAAGGGAAGUGGGACUUCUAGCUGGUGCUCAAGCAGAAGGAGAGGCAGUCAAAAGUGAGAACCGAAAGCUACGACUCAACUCUUAUCUCAACUCACUCUGUGGAGGUUUGAGUGAGAGAAUUCACAGACAGACAGACAAACAGACAGACAGUUGGCCAGACGCCCUCUCUGCGUUCCACUCCGCUGUGGCGUUUCAUGAGUUGAGGAGAGGGCAGGAAAGAAUGUCAGACAGUUAUUGGUCGAGGAGGAGAGUGUCUGGCUGACUUCCUGAGAGGGUAAUGUCAGGUGUUCCUCAGUAAACUACAUGUUAUCUGACUCUGAGGAGAGAAGACACACAGAGACUUCAGAACAGAUUCCGACCACAGAACACUUUUCUGCCAUUUGCGAAGAUAAAAUCGAAGAAGCACAGAAAGAACUGAAAGAUCCCAAAGCCAGUGCACAGAAAGGGAUCAAUGAGUGUGGUCGAACAAGUGCAGAUAACAUAAAGGGAUUGAAGAGGAAAAAGGUUGUGACAGAGAACCAGCUGAAGAAAAUACCCAAAUCUCCUGUGAAGAAGCCCUUACAAUCCAAGACCUCUGUGGCAACACUCCAAGGUACCUCGUCCAAGGAGGCUGUGAACUCCUGCUCCAAUCCCGACAGCCCCUCUCGAAACCAUGCCAGCUCACCAAGCCGGAACAGAGAUACGGAGUACCUUCGGCCUGUUGCUGAAUCCUCUGAGGGAGUGACAUCAUCCAUUGACAGUGAUAGGCUGAAGCAGAAGGAAGUGUCUUCCUCAAAGCCACAGUCUCUUGAUCCGGUCAGUGGUAAAGAGGGGUCUGCCUCUGGUGUUGGGGAAUCUGAGCAGCUCAAGGACCGUAAGAGCGGCGAAACUGGAUGUGAAGGUGGCGCUACUUACCACACCAGCGCUCCACUUGAGGUCUUGCUCAAGGCUAUGGAAUCAGAUUUCAGCUCCUUGGCAGAAAGAAACACACGUGUUCCAGUCACAUCUGUUGGAAAACCAAGUCAAACUCUUUCUGCCCAGUUUAUUAGUGAAUUGAAUGCUAUGCCAGCUGUACAUUUUGGACUCCAAACUCAGCCUGGCCAUAUGCAAACUUACUUUGUAAAUAAACAAGAGAGCUACACCACCAUGCAGGCCUCUACCCAGGCUACUGCCUUGCAGAAUUCACAGCAUGCUACACAGUAUUUCAGCAACCGGGAAAAGCCUGUUCUACAAAUGAGCUUCAGUACUGGGCCCUCCGCUGCCCGUACUCAUACACCUAUUCCAUCUGGCUCCAAUUCCUUACCCAAGAGCCAGCCACCGGUGGUCCACACAUGCCAGUCCCUAUCUGCCAGUGUCCCCAGUACCAUUCAAGUCCCUGUUACACCUGGUUACAACCCAGUCCAUAUGGCCACAGUUGUAAACUUUGGUCUUGAACAGAUGUGUAGCAUCUCCCCAAAGCACCAGAAGCCUAAGAAGCAGGGGAAGUAUGUGUGUGAAUACUGCAGUCGGGCAUGUGCAAAGCCUAGUGUGCUCCUCAAGCACAUCAGGUCCCACACAGGAGAACGUCCCUACCCAUGUGUUACAUGUGGCUUCUCAUUCAAGACCAAGAGCAAUCUGUACAAGCAUAAGAAAUCCCAUGCUCACGCAAUAAAACUGGGGCUUGUGGCGCGUUCCGACUCUGGAAGUGGGUCCCUCUCUGUGGAGUCUGACAAAGCACCCGGAACACAUUCAGAUGUAGAGGAAAGCGGGGACAGUGACGAGGAAAGUAGCACAGCGGACCUGGACCCUGACUCGUCACAAGGCAGCGUUGCAGCGUUCUCUGAGAGCAGUUUGCAGAGUGCAGGCACAACACAAGGCAACCAUGGGGAUGCAGGGGACCUAUCGGCUGUUUUCGAAACGCUUAAACCAACGACGAGUCAGAGGAGCUACGAGUCCAAAGGGACAGCUGGCCUCCCGAAAGUAGUCGUCUAUCCUGUUAAUGUCUCGCCUCAGCGGGCGGACAGUCCAAGAGUCGCAGACUGUACCCCUGAGCAGGCUACUGCCCAAAGGCAAAGGGACUUCCAAACGGCACAUCUAAGAUCCAGCAUCACCGUCCUGUCGUCCUUGAAAGAGGUGGAUUGCACAAUCCCCCUGCAGGAUGCAAGAAGUGAGGAUGAGGAUCAACAGUGUAGGUCCCCACCAGGAGGCGGACAUGGUCUGCUUCAAAGGCAGCAGGCCACAGACUUUUCUCAGCAGCAGCAGGGCAAGUGUCUGCUUAGUCCCCGCAGUUUAGGCAGCACAGACUCUGGGUAUUUCUCACGUUCUGAAAGCGCAGACCAGGCCAUGAGUCCCCCGAGUCCCUUUGUAAAGCUAACCCCACCAACAGGCAUGGAUGUCACCAAAAAUGCACUUCCUAAUCUCCCUGCAGUGGUUGCCACUGUUAUGAAUGUGGCUUCCGUGGAGAAGCCACAUGUUGUGCAAGGACAAAUGCGUCCACCAUUAGUAACAAAAGCACUCUCUCUCGAAGAGCGGAUCUCAAAGUUAAUAUCAGACAAUGAGGCAGUGGUUGACGACAAACAGCUGGACAGUGUCAAACCAAGAAGGACUUCUCUUUCCAGGAGAGGUAGCAUAGACUCCCCCAAAUCUUAUAUAUUUAAAGACUCUUUUCAGUUUGACCUUAAACCAAUGGCGAGAAGGUCAAGUUCCAGCUCAGACAUACCCAAGUCCCCAUUCACCCCUACAGAAAACUCUAAACCAGUAUUGCUAUUGUCUGUUCCUAAUCAGUAUCCACCGAUGGACUGUUUACCAAUAACGAGAAGUAAUUCUAUGCCCACAACUCCAGGGCACUCGGGUCUCCCACCAAACGUUACCCAACAACCCCACAUACUACGGAUCUGCCAGUCUUUUGAUGAAAAAAUGAGUUCCUUAAACGAUGAUGUGUUUUCAUCUGCUCCCUCUACCCCAAAUCCAGCAAUACAUUCUCGUACCCUUGUACGGCAAGUAGCAGUGGAACAUUUCUCCACAAGUGAGGUCCUUACAUCAGUCCGUUCCAUGGAUGAAGGUUACCAUGGUUCUAGCGCUUCCACUGUGACAAUGCAAAGGAGCAGGUCUUUUGAGCAUGCACAAGACCCAAACCGAAAGCCUCAGCAGAGCAAAGGCACAAUGUAUGAGUGUGAGACCUGUCGUAACCGGUACCGAAAACUAGAAAACUUUGAAAAUCACAAGAAAUUCUAUUGUUCAGAACUUCAUGGUCCGAAAAACAAGCUGAUGUCUGUCAGAGAGACUGAGCUGGAUGUUUUUCAGCGUGGCAUGCAGCAGCCAUUAGUCCCCAGAACAACAGGUAUUUCAGGCAUAAUGGACCAACAGCAAUCAAUUAGAAAAAGAAGGAAAAUGAAGAGUGUUGGUGACGAUGAUGACCAAUCACCAACUGACACCAAUCCCCCAUGCUCUGUUAGUUUUGAUUCUUGCCAACUAUCAACAGCCAGUUCAGGUCGGACAUUUUCUCAGCACUCUAUCAUGGUUGAUCUACUGCCUAAAAGCAACCCACCACAAAUACCUCAAAUACAGCUAAUAGCAGGAGUUACAGAUGCAACAGAAUCAAGACUGUCACCGAUCAGAGAAACCCAGGUUAACACCUCUGGUAAAGAAAGAGGCGACCUACAGAGGCAAGGCAGUGGUACAUCAGUUAUCAGACAUACCAACUCUCUGAGCAGGCCCAAUUCAUUUGAGAUCUCUGAAUCUAUUGACAGAGCCUCUCCAGUUGAUUUCCUGGACAAAGAUGGCCAUAGCACAGGAAAAACUAAGGCAGAUGCUACAGCCAAUCUUUCAUUAGAGAGCUAUCAUGAAAAGAUGUCCAUACCUAAAUGUGCCAACCAGGGAGGGAUGGAAAACCGUGUUGACCGCACAUUAGCAGCAGUGGCUGAGAGCUGCGCUGCUGUCCAGCAGUCUCGCCUGGUUCGCCAAAACAACAUUCCUGAAAUCCUGGUCACAGAGGAACCUGAUCGGGAGCAUGGUGGUCAUAGCACUGAGCAAGGGGAAAAGGCUGCAGAUACAUUCAACUGGCCCCAGAGGAGCGAGAGCCUGUCCAAGCUACCUACAGAGAAGCUUCCACCCAAGAAGAAGAGAAUCCGUCUGGCUCAGAUGGAGCACUCCUCUGGAGAAUCCAGCUUCGAGUCCUCACUGUCUCGAAGCCUCAGCAGGGACAGUAGCCUGUCAAGAUGUUCCAGCGUAUCAGCCUCCUUCGACUGGGAUGAGCCAUUCAGGUCCGAGAGCCCCUCCAGAGGAGAAUGUGCCAACAAAAUCUGUGAGCUUCAAGGGCUACCAAUAGCCUUCAACACCCUAGGGGUCCCUGGCAUGAUGAGACGUGCUGCCUCAGAACAGAUCAGUUGCACUCAACCCUCAGUGGAGAUAUCUUGCGACUAUCGCAGCAAGUCCUUCGACUGUGGCAGUGGGUCUCCCAGCAGGUCUCUGCCACCCAACAGGUCAAUGUCACCAAUGGAACUGCGAAAGAGUGCUCAAACCUCCUCGUCUCCGCAUGUACCUCUCAUUGAAAGGCGAAGGGGGCCACUGGUUCGCCAGAUGUCUUUAAAGAUUGGGCCGGAGAGUCAGCAACAUGUCGGGAAUCAUGCCAUCGCUGUCCAGAGGCUCCCCACUGUAAUCUCUUUAUCUCAGCAGAGGCCUCAACAGAUGCAACAGACUGCCAACAAUCCUCCCAUUGCCCAACCUUUUAUUUUGCAUUCUGGAGAAACUCUCCUGCAGCACAAUGAAAAAAUGGUGCAAAGCAUUAACCUGGGCAGCCAAAGUCAACUGCCUCAAGUGCAUGGUCUUCCACACCCUUGGCACCUAACAUCGAGGGUUCAGACAUGCCAAAAUCGCCAGCAAUCUGCAGUUAAUGUCAUGAUCAGCCAAGAAGAUGCUCAGAGCAAGUCUGCUGACUGUCAAGACAAGAAAAGCUUUGUACCCAAGUACCAACUGCGGUGUCCUGCUCUGAGAUCAAGCAAAACAUACUCUUCCACACAGGGUACUCAGACAACCAUGCCCGUCUUAACAAUACCCAUUGCCAACCGGAUGCAAAGUGUGUCAAAGUCUUCAGAUGUUCUCCACAAUGUCUAUGUGGCACAACCGUGUCGUCAGAUUGUAGGGAAUAAGACACAGUCGAUAGUAUUGCCUUUAGGCCUACAAAACAUCCGACCUUCUCAAAACCAGCCAAGUGCUCCCCAAUUGCCACAGAUCCUGAUAACCCAUGAGCUGAUGCACCCUUCCCCCUCUGUGGCCAGUAAAGGCAGCCUCUACAACCUUCAUGUUGUAGAUACGGACACAAAGACUGUACCAGAUAUGAACAAGGACAGGCCUCCAGCAUCUGCUGGCCUUCAAGUAAAACACAGUUUAGUUUCCAAUACCCAGAACCAUUUUGGUGAAACUCAAAUAGCUCCCUCCCUGGGCUCCUUACACUGCACCCAAAAAAUGGCAGCUGUGACCCUCUGUCCACAACAGGAGCCCAUUGCCUCAAGCAAGAGAAUGCUCUCCCCUGCCAAUAGCUUGGACAUCGCCAUGGAAAAACAUCAGAAGCGAGCAAAGGAUGAACAUGGUGCGGCAUGCCUCACUGACGGCAGGUCCGUCAACUACCUGAACUCCAACAUGGCAGAGGUGACUAGGCAACGGAAGCUAAUGCUAGUCCGGCAGGUGUGCGCCACUGAAUCAGCAGACAGUCCCAUUGAAACUGUGGCUCCCCCCCUGCAACACGAGAAACCAGAGGAUGAAAAGAAUGCCCAGACUCCUAAUAACCGCAAGACUAUGACACCUGAAAGCACCGGACAGGAUGAACCAUCUACUGUAGUUGCUCAAUUACAGCCAAGCUUUGCAUUAACCACCUCUCUAGGAAGUCACGUCUCCUCCGUGCCAGCGAACGACUGCCUGAAGCCUCAAGACAAGAGCGAGGAACAGAAAUUGCCCCCUGCCAAGUCUCCCAUUAGACCCUCGACUUUCCAUGGACAGGUGAAACUGGCCUCAUCUGUAUCUGUGGUCAACACACGAGACAGCCACCGCCUGUCUUUCCCCAGCCUGAAAACUACCACCACCUUCACCUGGUGUUACCUGAUGAAGAGGAAGCCUCUGCAUGUUCCCCAGAUGGACCAGAAGAUCUCGGCCUACUCCACCUGGGCAGUGAGCCCCAACAACCCCCACCCACUGGGUCUGCCCACCAAGGUGGUGAUGUCUCUCUUCAACUCCAAGCAGAACUCAAAGAAAAUACACUACACAGAGGCCAUAACAACAAGUAUGAAAUCAGACAUCUUGGCCUAUUCAAGCAAGCUGAAAGACGUCAUGCCGAAGGUCCUAAAGCAUCAGAAGUCUCUAACAACUGAGAAUAACAGCAAAGUGAAACCUGAGACUCAGGUGAGCAGUGAAUCAGACAAGGAUUCUUCCUCAUCCAAACUAGAGCCACGGAGAGUCAAGAUAUUUGAUGGAGGAUUCAAAUCUAACGAAGAGUAUGUGUACGUGCGUGGGCGGGGUCGUGGUAAAUACAUCUGUGAGGAGUGUGGGAUCCGUUGCAAGAAGCCCAGCAUGCUCCGUAAACACAUCCGCACCCACUCUGACGUACGGCCCUACCACUGCACCCACUGCAACUUCUCCUUCAAGACUAAAGGGAAUCUGACCAAGCAUAUGAAGUCCAAGGCACACAGUAAGAAGUGUAUGGAGAUGGGUGUGGAGGACCAGGAUACAGAAGACUCUGGAGACCGUAGCCAGGUGGGCAGUACAGACCGCCCAGAUUCAGACGGAGAGGACUCCGAAGGUGCUGAUGAUGACAACGAAGAUGAUAAUGAGGAAGAGGAGGAUGACAGCCAGGCUGAGUCGGGCCUGUCCACCAACCCCUCGGUCUCAGCCAGCCCCCAGCACAUCCCCUCCUCCCUCCAGGCUGAGCUCCCUCCCAGCUCCCUUCUGGCCCAGUUGUCCAUCCACCACCACCCAGCUGUCCUGUCACUCCCCCAGCCCCCUUCCUCCGACUGCCACACCCACGAUGCCUCAGAUACAGAAUCCGUGCCCAUGCUGAGCCCCGUCUCCUUGGUCAAACAGAUGUCAAUCUCCGGAGGCUGCUCCAGCCCCUUGCCCUACUCCCCGCCCCCCCACACAUCUGGCACAGAGUCGGUGACCAUGCUGAGCCCCGUCUCCGUGGUCAAACAGAUGUCAAUCUCCGGAGGCUGCUCCAGCCCCUUGCCCUACUCCCCGCCCCCCCACACAUCUGGCACAGAGUCGGUGACCAUGAUGAGCCCUGUCUCGCCGUGCAGGCAGAUGUCCAUCGAUUACCCUGACUUUGACGUGCCCCCUUGUCCCCCCGCACAGGGCAAGAGCUGCUCCAAGCUCGGCCAGGAUGGCACUUUGGCCCUGUCAGUGAGUGACCCAGGUGUCCCUGUCGGGACUGAUGUCAGCACUCAGACCUCCUCCUAUAGCACUCAGACCUCAUCCUAUAGCCUCCAGACAUCCUCCUACAGCCCCUUGCACUUUCCUUCCCAGCGCCCGACCCAAGGACCAGGGGCCAUACAGGGGACCAACACCCACCUCUUCAGCCACUUGCCUCUGCACUCCCAGCAGCCCUCACACUCCCCCUACAGCAUGGUCCCCGUGAGGGGCAUCCAGCUGGUUCCCGCUAGCCUGGCAGCCUAUUCCACCUUCGUGCCCAUCCAGGCUGGCCCUGUCCAGCUCACCAUCCCCGCCGUGAGCGUCAUCCACCGGAACACCAGCCCCCUCCCAUUCCCCAACACCUCGAACUCCCCUGAGCCCGAUGGUAUGGUGAAUCCCUCAUCCCCCAUCAACCAGCCUCUGGUGGUCCAGGAGCCAAUCAGUAGUAUCAUGCCCUGCUUCCCCCUUGGGCAGGUGGCUGGGCUGGGGCAGGUGACUGGGCUGGGGCAGGUGACUGGGCUGGGACAGGUGACUGGGCUGGGACAGGUGACUGGGCUGGGACAGGUGACUGGGCUGGGGCAGGUGACUGGGCUGGGGCAGGUGACUGGGCUGGGGCAGGUGGCUGGUCUACCGGCCCUCAGGGCCUCCCACCACACGCUGCAGUCCAUGGGUCUGGAGACUCUGACCCUGACCAGCUCAGAAGGCCUGACCUCCACCCAGCUGCUAUCCCAACAUGGCCUGUCGCUCAAUGCCACCUUGGGCCUGCAGGUCCUGGCUCACACCUCCACCUCCCAGAGCAGGACAGUCCACCACACCCACAUCCCCGGCCUGCAGAUCCUCAACAUCGCCGUUCCCACCCUCAUCCCCUCUCUCAGUCCCCUUUCCGGCCUCAGUCCCCUCGCGGGACCCUUUGAGAGGCAGGGCAGCCCCGAUGCCCCAGCAGCCCCACGGAACCCACAGCCCUCCUCUCAGACUGAAACCGAACCCUCAGUCAGCUGUCUGUCUGCUGCUUCCCCUCCCACCGCCACCCUGAGGGGAAGUCUCGCACAGGAAUUGGCAUCAUCAUUCAGCAGAUCCAGCAGAUCGGGGCCGGGGGGUUCCGGAGGUUCCAGAGGCUCCGAUGACACACAGACUUCAGAAAAGAAAGAGAGGGUAACAACAUCGCUAGCACAGCCCGCCCCAGCCACAGCUCCAGCUCUAGCUCCAGGCUCAGCUCCAGCUCCAGGCUCAGCUCCAGGCUCAGCUCCAGCUCUAGCUCCAGCUCUAGCUCCAGCUCCAGGCUCAGCUCUAGCUCCAGCUCCAGCCCCUGACAGGGGCCUGGAGGGGGAUAAGAAUCCUCCAGCAGAGGGAGCCAGUGAGCCUGUCACGCCUCGGAGGCAGUCGAUGCUCUCACAACAGCAGGAAACGGAAGACUACAAUGAUGACUCAGCAUCCAGCGAUGAUGAGGACAGACUGGUCAUCGCCACCUGAAACCCCCCCAACCGAAUAACCUAGUUAAAACCAGACUGAAUGCUGAGUUUACAAUGGUGAUCGCAACGUUAAAUCUGGUUAACCAGGCUACUUAUCAAUGUUCUUAUUUUGUAAUGGUUGUCACUUUCUAAGACUGAAAACACUCCAGGGUGGGUUUGUUUCUCUGCAAAUCACCAUUCAAAGCACAGUUUCUGACAUUCAUAUUGUUAUGUGCAAUCAAUAGAUGCUCAUGUUAAUGAUCUUUUAACUUUUUUGUCAGCUCCAGACAAUUUUUUGUUGUUGUACAUGUUGUAUAGACAAUUGUGCCUUUUUCGUAGUUGCUUGUUUUAGAAACCUGUAAAUAAUACCUUACAAAUUCAGUAGUUGCUUGUGUUUUAUUUCAAUGAAAUUGAACUAAAUAGAAGAAAAUGUACCUUAACCGGUUUUAUUUUGGAAAGUUUUAAUGUCAAUUGUAAAUUUAUGAGAGAAAAAAAAAUGAAUGUGUUGUACUUGGACAUUUCUAUGGAUUUGGGGCAUUGUUUCUGUGUACAGACGCUGUGUUCACCUAUUUAUUACAGUAUAUUAUGUAGUGCCCAUGAUGGUUCAUGUCCAUAGGUGUAAUAGGGUAGCUUUUCAUUCAGUAUCACUAUUAUUAUCAACUGUAUCAGUAAAACUUUGUUUACAAACAUACGUUUUUAUUCAGGUUUUUUUUUUUGUCUCCGAUGCAAAUAUCAUGUUUCCACAAUUUAAUACAACGAAAUUAAAAUAAAAUUGAAUUGGGGAAAAAUAUCUAAUUUAUGUUUAGAUGCUUAAACAGUAGUUCAAUGCAUUUUUCUUUUACUAUGCAUUGACCUGUAGUCCUUCCAUCUACAUGACUUCAAUCUACACUACACUGAGAACAGGACUUUAAAUACAGUACAUUACAUUCUCUGAAGUAUUUCACUGAAUGUUCAUGGAUGAAAAAAAAUUGUAGACAAUUUGUUAAAAUCAACGUGUAAUUCAACUCUCAAUCGUACUGUAACAGCCUGGGCUCCUGAGUGGCACGUCAGUCUAAGGCACUGCAUCUCAUUGUUAGCGGCGUCACUACAGACCCUGGUUCAAUUCCAGGCUAUAUCAAACCCGGCCGAGUCCCAUAGGGGGCGGUGCACAAUUAGCCCAGCAUUGUCUGGGUUUGGCCGGCGUAGGCCGUCAUUGUAAAUAAGAAUUUGUUCUUAACUGGCUUGCCUAGUUAAAUAGAGGUUACAUAAAAGACUCAACAGUUCAACGUUAACGUCUUCAAAUCCACUGUUACACAAUGUUCUGUAUUACAUCAUGUUCCAGUCAGCCUAAUAGUUGCACUUGCUCUCAACAGCGCUUUCUUAUUUCACGGAAAACAGAUACAGAUAUAAUCAAACAUCUGUCGAACCAGACCAGAGAGUGAGGAGGACAUCAGACCCCUGUUAAACCAGACCAGAGAGGGGGAGGGGACAUCAGAUCUCUUAAACCAGACCAGAGAGGGAGGAGGACAUCAGACCCCUGUUAAACCAGACCAGAGAGGGGGGGGACAUCAGAUCUCUUAAACCAGACCAGAGAGGGAGGAGGACAUCAGACCCCUGUUAAACCAUACCAGAGAGGGGGGGGCAUUAAACCUCUGUGCUUGACCAGAUGCAAUGCUAUUUCAUAGAAAGCAAAUUGACCACAGACUUUUAGCACGCAUAUAGGGAAGGACACUCAACAAGCACGGCACUUACACAAAUGACUGAUGAUUGGCUGAGAGAAAUAGAUGAUACAAUUAUUGUGGGGGCUGUCUUGUUAGACUUCAGUGCAGCUUUUGAUAUUAUCGAUCACAGUGUGCUGCUGGAAAAACGUAUGUGUUAUGGCUUUACACCACUAAUAUGUGGAUAAAGAGUUACUUGUCUAACAGAACACAGAAGUUGUUCUUCAAUGGAAGCCUCUCAAACAUAAUCCAGGUAGAAGCAGGAAUUCCCCAGGGCAGCUAUUUAGGCCCCUUACCUUUUUCAAUCUUAACUAACGACAUGCCACUGGCUUUGAGUAAGUCCAGUAUGUCUAUGUAUGUGAAUGACUCAACACCAUACACAUCAGCUACUACUGCGACUGAAAUGACUGAAACACUCAACAAAGAGCUGCAGUUAGUUUCAGAAUGGGUGGCAAGGAAUAAAUUAGUCCUAAAUAUUUCCAAAACUAAAAGCAUUGUAUUUGGGACAAAUCGUUCACUAAACCCUAAACCUCAACUACAUCUCGUAAUGAAUAUUGUGGAAAUUGAGCAAGUUGAGGUCAUGGUCAAAACAUAUUGAAACAACAGUAGCUAAGAUAGGGGGAAGUCUGUCCAUAAUAAAGCGCUGCUCUGCCUUCUUAACAACACUAUCAACAAGGCCCUGGUUUUGUCGCACUUGGACUACUGUUCAGUAGUGUGGUCAGGUCCCACAAAGAGGGACUUGGGAAAAUUGUAGUUGGCUCAGAACAGUACACAGUGAGAUAACAUUAAUGACAUGCAUGUCAAUCUCUCAUGGCUCAAAGCGGAAGAGCGAGUUGACUUCCUCAUUACUUGUAUUUGUGAGAGGUAUUGACAUGUCGAGAGCACCAAGCUGUCUGUCUAAACUACUGGCACACAGCUCGGACACCCAUGCAUACCCACAAGACAUACCACCAGACGUCUCUUCACAGUCCCCAAGUCCAGAACAGACUAUGGGAGGCUCACAGUACUACAUAGAGCCAUGACUACAUGGAACUCUAUUCCACAUCAGAUAACUGAUGCAAGCAGUAGAAUCAGAUGUUAAAAAGUAGGUAAAAAUACACCUUAUGGAACAGCAUGGACUGUGAAGUAACACAAACACAGACCCAUGCAUACACACACAUGAUAACAUACGCACUAUAUACACAUGUAUACAUGGAUUUUGCGUUGUAGGUUUGUGGUAGUGGAGUAUGGGCCUGAGGGCACACUCUUAGUGUGUUGUGAAUUCUGUAAUGAAUGUAUUGUAAUGUUUUUAAAAUUGUAUAAACUGCCUUAAUUUUGCCCGGACCCCAGGAAGAGUAGUUGCUGCCUUGGCAGCAGCUAAUGGGGAUCCAUAAUAAAUACAAAUACAAAACCA